AUGCUGCUGUACCACAGGCCAGUGCCUGCGAAGAUCCCAAAGCGACGCUCACGAGCUGAGAAGAAGAAGAAGUGCAACGAAGAGCGCCCAUCCUGUGAUCGCUGUCUGGAGAGAGGUCUGCGCUGCGAGUAUGAGCCCGUCAAACCCCGCAAGAGGAGAAGGACCGUCUCCAAUCCAGAGCAUAUGGGCAUGCGUCCGCCCACCACCAAUCCUGGCCAACACUAUGGCUUCCAUGACCGACUUCAGGCUCUGCGGCAAGACUCUAGCUCUGGCUCAUCGAUCCUCUCUGCUUCGCCAACCCCACCACUUCCGGCUAUUGCAGAGAACUGGGAAGUUCACAGCGCCGAUUCUGUCUUCAGCGAUUCCGCAUCCAGCUGCGGAAGCGACCUUCCGGACAUGAACUCUCCGUUGCCUCCGUUCACGUCGUUUGACUCGAUGCCGCGAACGCAGCCGACGUUGGAUGAGAUCAAGUCCUUGCCGAUGGAUCCGCUCGAUGGUUUCGCUCGAGAUCCUUUCGACGAGGACUCCCAUCAUCACCACAGAGAGAUCUAUAUGCACCAACCUGCUUUGUCGCGGAGUAGCUCAUAUCCGGAUCCGACCAGCGCUUUCCUCUCUCCACAGUCGACCGGGUCGCCGUAUGACUUUACUUCCACGAUGCAUACCCCGACUGUGCCAUCGCAGUCUCCAAGCUUGCCAGCGUUUGCUGAGUAUACAAGGCGAGAAUCACGUAGAGGUCUGCUUGAUCACUUCUGCAAUGUGUUAAGCCAUCUCAUUGUUUUCAAGGAGGAUUCUGGCAACCCAUUCCGACAGCUGGUUUUGCCUAUGGCCCGCCAGAGCCCGCCGCUCCUGAACGCUAUCUACGCGAUUUCGAGUGCCCACCUCGAGCACAGGGGUUUACAAGUGGAGGAGAGGGCGCUGGAUUUGCAUUCGGAGGCACUGAAGGGCCUUGCGGGGCUUAUUGCGCAUAAAGACGAAGGAAACCGCGACGAAGUGCUGGCCGUGAUCAUCCUACUACUUUACUACGAGAUCGUGCGAAGCGGUUCUUCAACCGUAUUGAAUUCCCAUCUUCGAGGAGCGCUAUCAAUUAUGCGCGAGCGAAGGACACGACGAGGUCCUACUUCUCCUUUUUUAGAGCGUGCUUUCCGUUACUUUGAUGUUGCUUCUGCCUUGUCUUUUGGAUGCUCUCCAAUGUCUGGUACCAUUAUCAUUGCCACGGAACAAGAUUUCGUGUCCAUACAUGAUCGAUCGGCAAUGGCUUCUGUUGACACUCUCUUUGGUUUAAUCGGCGACCUUUGGCCCAUCAUCCAUCGCUUAGCCAGCCUCGUGGAGGUGAAAAGGACACUUGAUAAGGAAGAUCCAGAAUCGCCAGACGGCGAGCAAAUGAGGAACAUGCGUGCAGACUUUGAAACGAAUACCACCAGCAUAGAGCUAGCCCUGCAGCAAUGGAUACCCAAGAUUCCACCAUCGGUUGUCACGUUAGAAAAUCCCGCAGAUGAUUCGAGGCUGCAAAGCAUCAUGAACAACGCCGAAGCGCAUAAACAAGCCUCAUUCGUCUUUCUCUACCGUAAUCUACUCUCACUGCCGCGCUCGGACCAAAAAGUUCAAACACCAACCAAGCAGACGUUACAAGCCUGCUUACGGGUGGUUAUUUUCUCUGGCCCUAUGACAACACUGGUUUGGCCCUUGUUCACUGCAUCAUGCGAAGCGACCGAGGAUGUUGACCGCAACGUUGCCCGUACCGUGUUUCGACAUCUAGAGACGCGGCAGGGCAUGAAUAACAUCGUCACUGCUUGGGAAGUAUGUGAGGAGAUCUGGCGGCGCAGCGACGCUGGUCAAGAGAACCUGGAGUGGAGAGAGGUGGCCCAGAGCAUGGAGAAAGAGAUCUUGUUUGGAUGA